CAAAAAAGUCAAGGGAGCGCACUCUUCUGACGACUGGCCCAAGAGGUCAAAUUCUACUCGGCACCAACUUUCAACACCAUGUUAACAUACGUAUUUCGAGACAGUGCGAUGGAGCUGUCCAGAUGUCUGCUGCGACGAACAAGUGUUAUGGCUGGAUUUGGGAGAACAGAGACUAUUCGUACCGUUGGUUCUUCAGCAGCAUUUGUAGAGUUGACUAGCAGGCGGUACCCUGGACUCCAGAGGGGCCACUUCGCAUCUUUGACAGACGCAGAUGCAGCAAACAUCGAGCGAUUGGUGUCUGGAAGAGUUCUUACCGAUCUUUCAGAAUUAGAGGGCUAUAACAUGGACUGGAUGAAAACUCUUAGAGGGUCGAGCAAAUUGGUUGUCCGACCAAAAUCAACAGAGGAAGUUGCUGCGGUUUUGCGAUACUGCAAUGACAGACGUUUGGCAGUGGUUCCACAGGGAGGGAACACAGGCCUAGUUGGCGGCAGCAUACCAGUCUUUGAUGAAAUCAUUAUCUCUACACAGCUUAUGAAUAAUAUCAUCAACAUGGAUGAUGUUUCUGGAAUAUUGGUAUGUCAAGCUGGCUGUGUGCUUGGAAAACUUGAUGACUAUGUUAAAGAGUAUGGGUUCACUAUGCCGUUGGAUCUUGGUGCUAAAGGUAGCUGUCACAUCGGGGGCAAUCUUGCAACCAAUGCUGGGGGACUGCGGCUCCUUCGAUAUGGGUCAUUGCAUGGAAAUGUGCUUGGCCUUGAAGUGGUGCUUCCAAAUGGGGAAAUACUGGAUUGUUUGUCAACUCUUCGCAAAGACAACACAGGAUAUGAUCUAAAACAGCUUUUCGUAGGGUCAGAAGGUACCCUGGGAAUCAUCACUGCUGCCUCCAUAUUAUGUCCUCAGCAGCCCAAUGCUGUCAAUGUUGCCUUGCUUGGUGUUCCAACUUUUAAAGGUGUGAUGAAUAUAUUCAAAAAAGCCAAAGUUCACCUUGGAGAAAUUCUGUCAGCCUUUGAAUUGAUGGACAGGGAAUCAAUGGAAAUGGUGACAGAAAACCUAAAGCUUUCAAAUCCAAUAACAUCUAGUCGCUUCUAUGCCCUUAUUGAAACUUCAGGCUCCAACAAGGACCAUGAUGAAGAAAAGAUAUCAUCUUUACUUGAAACCCUGCUGAAUAGUGGGCAAAUAACAGAUGGGACACUGGCUACAGACGAAUCCAAAAUCCAGGCAGUAUGGUCGCUACGAGAAAGACUAGCAGAAGGCUUGCUUUGUGAUGGCUAUUGCUAUAAAUAUGAUGUGUCACUUCCGCUGUCAGUUUGGUAUGACGUUGUAGAGGAGAUGAGAAAACGUUUGGAGGGGGCUGCAACACAUGUAGUUGCAUAUGGCCAUGUUGGUGAUGGAAACCUUCAUUUCAAUGUCACAUCCCCUGUAUACAGCCAGGAAACGAUGGAUCUUAUUGAACCAUACUUUUAUGACUUGGUGGCCAAGUACAAAGGUUGUGUCAGUGCAGAACACGGUUUGGGCUUUAGAAAAAAGGAUUUCAUAUACCACAGCAAAUCUACAUCUGCUGUUUCCCUGAUGAAGAUGGUCAAAAACCUAAUAGAUCCCAAGGGAAUCAUGAACCCUUACAAACUAUUGCCAACAAAAUAACUAGGGUCUUCCAUCAUUAGUAUAUUAAAAUUAAUGUACUGCCCUAGGAAGAUAACAAUAAGAAAUAAAAAUUAAAAAAUAAUAGAAUCAAAUCUAUAUAGAAUGACCCAAAGUUUAUUCUGCUUCUGUACCCUAGUGGUUAGUGUGCUCAGUUUUAGAGCAGGUUGCUACCUGGAAAACUCUCUCUACCCAUCCAGCAGCAGUGGGUACAAGAUUCAUCAGGGAAGGUAAAUAAUGACAAAAGAGGGGUGUGUUUCCCCUUUCAGUGCUUUGUGCUAGACACAGCCAAUAACAUUUCAAACAUCCACCCUUGACAUCUAUUAGGUUCUAGGACUUGUAUCAUUUUGUGGUGGGUAGAGAGAUCCAGGGAUUGCCAGGGGUGUCACUGGCAUCAUCUAGCAUGAGAAAGACCUUGUCAAAGUGAAGAUUAGGACAGACAA